AUGAUGCGCGUGGCCACGCUAUCACCCGUCACCGCGAUAUCGUUUACCCCCGCGCCCGCGACAAAUCUUGACCUCAAGGACCUUGGUCGGGUAGCCCUUGCUGGCGACUUUUCAGGAAUAUCUCUCUUCCAGUUCGAGGAACAAAAUGAACAACCUUUCACAACAAAUGGCAGCCAGUCGCUUAUGGCACGCAUGCCCAACGGCAUCUUCAGCCCCGUUGUCACCACAGAUGCGACCAUCCUGGCCAUGUGCACGUUUGUGGAGGGCAACGGGAAGGAGGAUGGAGUGAUUAUCGGCGGAAAUUUCACGAGUUUGCAGCUGCCGACGCACGGAAGCGGAAGUCCCGACAUUAGAGAGUCCAAAGCGAUAGCGCUGUUCAACCCAAACACGUCCAGCAUCGAGACAUUGUCAGGUCUAGAAGGUCAGGUCUAUGCUGUACUGUGUGACCGUGACACCAACUCGGUAUACGUGGGUGGAAAUUUCGUCGGCAAAGACUCUAGGAAUGCGAUCGCAUGGGUUGGGGGACAGGGAUGGACGAAUUUACCGUUUAGGGGGUUUAACGGACCUGUGAACUCCAUUACGAAGGCAUCCAAUGGUCAUAUCAUUUACGGAGGAAGCUUCACAGGUCUGGGAAACGCGACUGCGCCGACUGAGCGCGAUGGCCAAGUUAUCAACCUCUCCUCCGCCACCAUCUCAGCCAGUCCUUCGACAACCAGGGAUGGGUUCAGUGAUCCCAAGAACAUUGUGUGCAGUACUAGCGGAACCGACGGGGCAGGCAAGACAUGGUUGCUGCAGGACAACUCACCGGGAUUCUGGCAGGCAAAGUUUAGACACGGUUUCCGGCCGACAAAGCUUCGCCUAUACAACACGCACCUGGACGGCGCUGGAACAAAGACAUGGCGAUUCACUGCGCUACCCAUCAACGGCAUCAUGAACAUGACCUAUGUCGACCCAGUCACGAACAAGAACGCUACGUGUACGAGCGAGUGCCCACUAAGCAACAAUCAGACUAUCAAAUUCCAGGAUUUCCACUUCAUUAACGUCAUUGGUAUGAACGAGUUUCGUAUCGAUAUUUCGGACUAUUACGGAAACGGUGGAGGUUUGAACGGGAUCGAGCUAUUUGGAGACGAUAUCUUUUCGUACGCGAUCAAUGACUUCAACGAGCCUACUUGUGCAAAUCUUGAGUUCAAGUCGUCGUCUACUGCCACAGGCCCUUGGCAGGUCACCCCUUCUCAUCAGAGCACCUCCGAAUAUCUGACUGCUCAAAUAUCCGCACCCAUUACCGACACCUCGGCCAAGAUCGUUUUCUCGCCGGACAUCAGGGAAUCGGGCUUCUACUCCGUCAACUUGUACACACCCGGGUGUCUCCAGGAUGACACAUGCUCGAGCAGAGGACAGGUUCAUCUUUCAGGUCAAAUGACUGCCGACCCUACCAAGAGUGAACCGGUCGACCAAACACUGUUCCAGACAAAUAACUUCGACAAGUACGAUCAGAUUUAUAAUGGCAUGGUUGAUGCGAGCUCGUCCAGCUUUCGGCCCCAAAUCACCUUGACGCCAGUUGCUGGCCAGGACUUGGCCAGUCUUACUCUCGUCGCCCAAAGCAUCGCCUUCACCUUGAUUAACAGUACGGGUGGCCUGAAUGGGUUGUUUGAAUACACGCCUGGCCAGCAUGUGAAUGUUAGCGACUUCACGGCCUUGGCUGUCAACCGCCUUGGAUCGAGCUUCUCUGGUAAAUCCGCUGUCAACACUCUCGCCACCUCUGGCGAUACCGUUUUCGUUGGAGGCAACUUCACCUCGCCAUCUGCUGAGCACGUUGUUGCCCUAAACACCAAGGACUCGACCAACAAGACAUUGGAUGGCGGACUCAACGGCGAAGUUCAAUCGAUGAUAUUGGACGGCAACACAUUGUACGUUGGAGGAAGUUUUAACAGCACUUCCGAGAAGCCGGUAGACGGUCUCAACAAUGUUGCCGCCUACGACACCGAGAAGAACACGUGGAGCCCCCUCGGUGCUGGUGUCAAUGGCAAGGUCAUGCGCGUUGUUGGUUUGACGAUGAACAUUACCGGGUCAACUCCAGAGUUUGUCGUGAGCGUUAACGGCGACUUUGACGAGCUGAAUGCCUUUGAUAAGAACUCUGCUGUUUCUGUAACUGGUUUCGGCAUUUGGGUGCCUUCACAAAAGAACUGGCUACAAAACCUGGAUCUCGAGUUGGAGUCGAUUGAUGGUGUCCUAUCAACGUCCAUCCUUGAUCGCUCUGGCAACGGUUCCCUCUACGCUGGCUCGUUGGUAUCGUCCACGCUCGGUGUGAGGGACAUUGCGGGCUUGGGAGAAACGCUCAGCCGUCUGCCAGUGAAGAUCCAAGCUCCCUCUAAGCCGUCCAGCUCCAAUUCAUUGGCCAAGCGCGAUAGUUCGAUAAGCGCUGAUAGCGCUGACAGCCUACAAGGAGUCGUCACAGGCAUCUUCGACCAGGAAAACAAGAGGAAUCUUACUAUUCUCGGUGGUCACUUCACUGCAACCGGUAGCGGAUCUGCGAUCAACAACCUCCUUAUUAUGGACGGCAAAAGGAACAACGAAAUCUCUAGUCUUGGUGAUGGGAUCUCACAGGAUUCAACUGUCAUGGCCCUGGUUGUGCACAAUGAUAUCCUGUUUGCCGGUGGCAACAUCACUGGCACAGUCAAUGGCAACGAAGUGAAGGCAUUGGUCACUUACAACCUUGCCAGCAUGUCCUUCAGCUCGCAACCACCCUCUUUGAACGGCGGUGACGGUACUGUCUCUUCUAUUGCUGUUCGUGACGGCACAGACGAUGUCUAUGUCGGAGGAUCUUUCACUCAGGCGGGCUCUCUUGAUUGUCCCGGCGUCUGCUUCUUCAGCACAUCUUCGUCGCAAUGGCAACAAGCUGGCCAAAACCUUGGAGGAACCGUCAACACGCUCUUGUGGGUCGAUGAGAACCUGCUCCUUGCUGGCGGCAACCUUACCAUCAACAACACCGCCUCAGCCUACCUGGCCACUUACGACCCCAAGACCCUGGUAUGGGACGCUUACCCUGAUGCCGGCCAGCUUCCCGGACCGGUCGAGGUUCUUACUGCCGGCACAAGCGAUAACAAGCAAAUCUGGGUAUCAGGAACCGCCUCCAACGGCUCGGUUUACCUCAUGAAGUCCGAGAAGGAUGAUGGAUCAUCCUGGCAUUCUGUUGGCCAGACCCUGCAGCCCGGCACCAAGAUCCGUGGUCUCCAGAUCUUCCAGCUCAGCCAGUCGCAUGACAAACACUCCCUGAUCGACGACAAGGAGGUCCUUAUGGUCACCGGCCACAUUGUUUUACCCGACUUCGGCUCAGCCUCUGGCGUCCUCUUUGACGGCGCAAGCUUCAGGCCCUACAUUCUGACCACCAACUCCGAUAACACCCCUGGCUCGCUUGCCGUUGUCUUCUCGGAAAAGCAGAACUUCUUCGGUAAGGAUGGCAAACACCUGCCACUAGUGUUUGUUGUUCUCAUCGGCCUCGGCAUUUCGCUCGCCCUCAUGCUCCUCAUCGUCGUGGCCGGUUUGAUCCUCGACAGAAUCCGCAAGAAGCGCGAGGGUUACGUGCCCGCCCCGACGCACAUGUAUGACCGAGGCAGUGGCAUCCAGAGGAUACCACCGCAUGAGCUUCUGGAGGGGCUAAGUAAAAGUCGAUCUGGUGCGCCUCAGAUGUAAAGGGACAUUGGGGUGAUGCGAUUAGAUGGGUUCUCAA